AUCAAUCAAUCAAUCAAAUACAUAAUUAUGUCUUUGCAAAAGGAGGACGAUGGUGACAACAACUGGGGAAUGCAUUACUUGGUCUGCGUAGACGAGUCGAGCUUCUCACUCAAUGCCUUUCACUUUGUAGUGAAACAGUUGUCAAAGGUCAAUGACAGUAUUACUGUGCUACAUGUUUGUCAUCACAUCGAUACGCCAAUCAUCGAUCCACUGGGCGACACACUCGACAAGGUAGCCAACAUCGAGGAGAAGGAGUUGGCUCAAAAGCUCAAGAACACCUAUGAGACUGAGUUUAGACUCAUCAAGACCAAGGUACUACAUUGUAAAUACAUAACAGCCAUUGGAAAGGACACCACUGGUACCAUAAUGUCAUCCAUCGAUCAGAUCAAACCAGAUAUAGUGGCAGUAGGCUCACGAGGAGUCAGUGGUCUACAACGACUAAUGCUAGGUAGCACGAGUCAAUACCUUGUUGAUCACCUCACUAUCCCAGUGAUCAUCGUACCA